AUGAAGCCUCUUAUUACACUGUUGCCCAUUGUUCUUCUUUUAAUCUUUCAAACCACCACCGCCGAUGACUUUCGCAUUGUCGACCACCAGACGGUGGAGUUCAGCAACCCUUUCCGGGCCAAUGCCAAGCUGAAGAUCACCUUCACCGGGGGAAACAUCACCCACACCGACCACAAGCUGAAGACGAACGCCUGGUCGCUGGUGAUGGACUACGACCCGAAGGCGACCGGAAACGCCACCCACUACCACAAUGUAAUCAACGUGCGGAACACCACUCGAACGACGGCAGACCUUCACGAUAACACGCUGUACCACUUCAACUGGUACCACUCGGGUCGGGAGUAUCCCGACCAGGAGAUCUGUUUCGACCUAGCAUUCAACGGCGCCAGCUGGUACAGCACUUCGCUGGAGAAGGAACAGCCGUGGCCCUUCAACACUGGAAAGCCCUUCACCGGAGGACCGGCGCCUCUGAAAACGGGCGUCUACGAGAAGGACUCCCCCUUUGGCCCGGUGGUGGAGAACGUCUACCUGACCACUGACGGCCUUGCCAUCUUCUUCUCGCAGUACUAUCCGGACUUUGUGGAGCGAAAGACGGGUAACAAGCUUUGCACGAGCAUUCGUCCGGACCACCACGACAAGCGCGACACCCUGCACUACGCCUCAAUCAGCUUUGAGAUCUUUGCCACCCGUGACAUGGCCGCACUGCACCGCCUUCUCCUCGAUCGGUACUACAUCAUCGGUCGAGAGAGUCCAAAAGGGGCGAUUCCUGAUGAGCGCAUGUUCAGCCACCCCACCUACACACUGGACGCUCGAUCGCUGAAGCAAGCUGAUGUGCUGACCAAGGUGACGGAGCUGUCCAAAACGCUGGGGCUGAAGAGUCUGCAAAUCGUCCUCGAGGGAUGGGAGGCGGUGAUGGGCGAUCUAAAGUGGGACACGGCUCGUUUCCCCGAUCCGGCGGCUAUGGUGGCCGCGAUCCACAAACUAGGCUACCUAGUCAAGCUGACGGUGAACUCCUUCUACAACGUACACUCGGACGUUUUUAAGUCGCACCCUCACUUCUUCCUGCGAGAUCCUAAAAACCACAGUCACCCGUUUACCUUCACCUGGAAGGACCCCUCGCAGUCGACCUCGGCCAGCCAGACUGGAUCCCUUUUCAACUACCCCACCGGCUCGGCCACCCUCUACCACUCUCGCGACUGGCUGGUGCACCGCCUGAAGGACAUUGAGCGCUUCGAGAAGGUCGACUCCUUCCGCUUCGUCGGCGGCGACCUCGGCCAGUUCGGCGUUCCGGAGACUGUACGCACAGACUCGAUGCGCACUGAUCACUACUCAAACGAGUACACCCGCUACUACGCCGCCACGGGCAGCUGGAUGGGCGGCCUGGUGGACCUCGAUGCCGGCUAUCACACGCAGGUCUGGCGCAACUUUCUCCGCAUGCGAGACAUUGGGGCCGACUGGGCGUCGCUGAAGAAUGUCUUGCCGCAGGUGCUGACCAUCGGUCUGGCGGGCUACCCCUACGCAGUAGCGCCCACCUUGUCCCAUUCAGCCGGUUCAACGGCAGCACCCACUGAGGAGCUGUACAUUCGCUGGCUUCAGCUGACCACCUUCUUUGCCUCGAUGCAGCUCUCCUCUGGCGUGACCUUGUCGGCGAAGGCCGCCAACCUGACCACCACCUUUGUCGCUCUUCACCUGCAGCACGCUUCAACGCUGGUGGCAGAGGCUCAUGCGGCGGCCAAAGCGGGAGGACUUCCGCUCCUGAGACCACUCUGGUACCUGACGCCCAACGACACAAAGACCUACUCGGUUGGGGACCAGUUUGCCGUCGGCAACGACAUCAUCGUGGCGCCAGUGGUGACGCCCGGCGCCAAGGAGCGCUCAGUCUACCUGACCGCUGGAACGUGGGUCGACCAGCACGGCAAGAGCUACACCGGUCCAGCCGAGUUUAAGGUGCUGGCGCCGCUUGAAGAGCUGCCCUACUUUAAAAGAAAGGUUUGA